UCUUCUCUCAGGCAGAUGUUUUCAAGUGAUGAUUGGGCUGCAUAUCCACAUGCCUAUAAAAGAAAGGCUAUGACAGUUGUGGAUACCAUCUUCGAUGCUGACUUUUGGGAAUCAUGUGUGCACUUAUUGAAGAUUUGUGUACCUUUAGUGAAAGUCCUCAGAUUAGUUGAUAGUGAAGAUAGACCUUCUAUUGGAUAUUUAUACGAGUCUAUGGAUAGAGCCAAGGAGGCCAUUAGAGAUAAUAUGAAGGGAAAAAAGAAGUUGUACAUGCCUAUAUGGAAGAUUAUAGAUGAAAGGUGGUCUGGACAACUUCAUCGCCCACUUCAUGCAGCAGCCUACUACCUAAAUCCUGCUAUUAGAUUUCUUCCCACUUUUAAGAAGGACAGAGAGGUCGAGUAUGGCAUGUUGGAUUGCAUUGAUGUAUUAGUAAGUGAUAGUAAAGAACAAGACGCUAUCCAUAUGUCGAUCAACAAAUAUGAUACGGCUUCUGGUACCAUGGCGAGAGACACAGCAGUUCGAUGCAGGACAACUAUGCGUCCAGAUUUGUGGUGGGAAAGGUUUGGGCCUGAUUGCCCAUAACUAAGGAAGCUUGCAAUUAGAAUCCUCAGUCAAACAUGUAGUGCAACUGGAUGUGAAAGAAAUUGGAGUGUAUUUCAGCACAUCCAUAGUAAGAAGAGGAAUAGGCUGGAACAUAAAAGGUUGAAUGACCUUGUUUACGUUCGUUAUAAUAUGAAGUUGAGACAAAGGUAAACAUUUGUUUUGUUAUACAAGAAUAUCAAAUUCUAAUAUAUAUUUUAAUCUCUAACAAUUUGUUAAUUUUUUCUCUUGUUAGGCAACUAGAAACAACAUCUACA